UCUUUUGUUUACAUUGUUCUGCUUCAGUGUUCAAAGCAAAUUGGUGAUGUAUAUACUUCAUAGUAUUAUAUAAAAGUAUUGCAACUUUAUAAAACGGUAGAGUUUCGAAGAUGCUUAGCUCUACUAUUGCUGCUCAACAAACGUAUACCUAUCCUGUUGGCGAUACUUACCAAGGAACAUGGGACGACGAGGGAAGAAAACACGGUAUUGGAAAAUUUAAUUCAACAAAUGGCAACUUGUAUGUUGGUCAAUUUGAACACGGUUUAUGCUCUGGAGUUGGCGUUUUAAAAUUGCCUGACGGAUCGCGUUAUGAAGGCGAGUUUCUUCAAGGCAAAUUUCAUGGAGUUGGAGUUUUCACUCGCUCAGAUAAAAUGAAAUAUGAAGGAGAAUUUUUUGAAGGCGACGUUCGUGGAUUAGGUUUGAUCACUUUUCCUGAUGGUUCUCAUGGAAUUCCCAGAAAUGAAGGAAAAUUUGAAGGAAAUAAAUUUCUGGAGCAAGCUAAAGCGACAGACACUGUAACUAAAGCCCGGGAGGCUGCUUUUAAAGCAAAUCAAACGUUAUGAUUCCAUAAUUAAAUAAUUAUUCAAAAUAAAAAUUCAGUUUUCCUUCUUAUUUUA